GGGAAGCGGUUAUCCGUGUCAGAAAGUCAGAAAACCAACAGAAAGGUAAACAUCGAAGAGGCGCGAGUUAGGCACAGGAGAAACUGGUUAAAAGCGCUGUGUGUGCUCACCUUACGUGUGCUCAGCCAUCUUGCAGAAGGCGACUGAAUGCACCGUGAGAGCCACGACCGCAAGGGAGCAGUGGACAGCGAUUGCCAUCAUGGCGUACCCAAGCACCUGCCGUUCCUUUCGGCGCACGACAGGCCCGUACCCGCUUUCGAUCGUGCCGGCCACCGAGACGCUGCCCGAAUCACUUGCACCCCACGAUGUCCUUAUCCGCAUGCACGCCGUAGCCCUCAACUACCGCGAUAUCGCCAUGCUGCAAGAAGGGGGAUAUCCUGCCCCAGUCGCGUCCGGUGGUAUUCCAGCAAACGAUUGCGCUGCUGAGGUGGUUGCGGUUGGCGACGCUGUGCAGACGUUCGCCAUCGGAGACCGCGUGGCGCCGACUGUGGAUCUUGCAAACUUGACCGGCAAUGAAAGGAACAAUGAUCUCAAAGCGACGGGUGGUAACCAGCCUGGGGUGCUGACCGAGUACUCCGUGUUCCAGGACAGCGUCUUGGUGAAGCUGCCGCGGCACCUAUCCUGGGAGGAGGCUUCGGUAAUUGCGUGUGCGGGCGUGACGGCAUGGGUAGCUCUAGGUGCACUCAAAGAUGUGAGAGACGACACGACUGCGCUCAUGCAAGGUACUGGCGGCGUCAGCAUGUUCGCGCUCCUUAUCUGCCUGGCUGCGGGCAUCCGGCCCAUCAUCACUUCUUCUUCUGAUUCCAAGCUGGCACAGCUCCAGAAGCUCAGCCCCAAGAUCGCCGUAAUCAACUACAAGAAGCAUUCGAAUGUCGCGGCGGAAGCACUGCGCCUGACUGAUGGAAAAGGCGUAGACUACGUCCUCAAUGUCACCGGGACAGCGUCCAUUCCAUCUGACUUGGAGAUGCUGCGGAAAAGAGGCGGCAGUGUCGCUCUGAUAGGCUUCCUUGAAGGUCUGCACGCUGACUGGAAGCCGGACGUCCUCCUCGGCUUCUUGAUAAAGGCAGCUAAGCUUCAGGGAAUCCUAGCUGGCUCGAGGGAUGACUUCGCGGCUCUGAAUAAGUUCUUGGAAGCGAAGACGGUCCACCUGGAUUCCAUCAUUGAUCGGACGUUUGCCUUCGAAGACUCCGUAGCAGCAUUCGAGUACCUGAGGUCCGGAACGCACGUAGGCAAAAUCGUGAUUAAAUUUUGAGUGGAUUGAGGGGGCUUUGAACGAGGCGGAGGACGAGGUCUCACGGUGUGGACGUGCGUAACGGCCAUCCUGGAGGCCUUCGCAGUGUAUACAAUGCCAAGGAGAGUUACUUCUAGGAGCGUGGCGAGCCCUUGAAUUGGGAGAAUCCCCUACCGCGCGAGGGUGGCGGCGGGAGGCGUCGGCGCAGUGACCUUGGAAAUUCGGUUGCAAUAGGUCAACGCACCACCAACCA